AGCAUCAAAAUCAAAUAACAGCAACCUGAACAGAGCUGAAAUGGAGAGCUCGGUUCCAACAGAGGAGAUGUUAGAAACCCUAACGAAGAGAGGAUGGUGUUUUGGGAACGUAGAAGAAGUGAAAGCAGUGAUCAUGAUCAAUUCAGCUUUGCACGACGAAGGCUGUACUGUCGAUUCCGUUGAAUCGGAACUUGCAAACAUGGAUUUGAGAUCCAUCGGAGCCAAGUCCUUGCCUGAUCCAUCUCUUCUCCGCAAAUCUUCUUAUCUUCACGGCCCCAAAGUUCUUCAGAUAUCUUCCGUGAGGGACAUAUCCCAAAGCAGCAUUGCCGAUUCUUCCGGAAAUUCAAGUAGCCGGAGGCUCCUAAGGUUGAAUCUCACUGAUGGUUGCACUGAGAUGACUGCUAUAGAGUAUUCUCCCAUACCAGCGAUUCCUGAUAAUGUUGUUCCUGGUACUAAGGUUCGUUUGGAAAAAAAAGCUGCAAUACAUAACGGUAUAAUAUGUUUGAAUCCUAAAGUAAUAACUGUUUUAGGAGGUGUUGUCAAAUCCCUUUAUGAAGAAUGGCAGAUGAACCAAAAGUAUUCAGGUUUUUCACGUUCAUCCUUAAGGCUAUCACAGGAAAGUGGCACUGGUGGCCCUCCACCUUUUGAGAAGCUGCAAAUUGGGGCACCCACACGUCGGUCUUCUGAGCAAGGGAGAAUUUCUUCUUGCUAUGGAUCAACAUCCAAGAACAUGAGACCAACUGUUGCGGAAACUAGACAAAUGGGAAGAGAUCAUAACCUUCAUUUGAAAGCAGAAAAUACAGAGGAUGAUCUCAAAGCAGCCUCCCUUAUUGAAAGAACUGAAGAAAAACCAAGUAGCUCAGAAAUGAGACCAAAAGAAGUGGCUGAAUCUGUACCUGUUCAAAAUCAAGCAGCUGCUCAAAAACUUCUCCAGAAGAUGAAUAAUCCAAAUCGGGAUGAUCGGCAUUCCAAAGGUCGAAAACAUAGGGGAAAGGGGAAGCAAGAAGAGGCGCCAGUCUACACUCUAGAUGAAUGGGAAAAGAGAAAAGCUGGGCCAAAAACUUCAAUAAAAGAUGAGCUUACAGAUGUUAGCCGGGAUGAGGAUCUUGCAUGGCAGCUUCAAAACCAACUUGAUGUGGAAGAUAAUGUGCUGAGGGAUACUCACAAGGCAGAAGCAGAGAAUAUACGAAUGAGCAUGUUCAAUUUUGAAAGAGAUGAGGAUAGGAACCAGGGAACUGGUCAUAGAGGAAGGGGAAGAGGCAGGGGAAGAGGUAGAGGAAGAGGCAAAGGGAGAUUUGGUUGAUCGUUUGGCCCACUUCUCAUUAUUAUUUCGCCCAUAUUACCAAAUUUUGUCUGGUUUUGAUUGUCAGCAGAGAUCGGGACCCAGUUUCAACAACCCUGCAUCAUGAUCUCACGGCUCCCAUAGCAUAGAGACGAGUUUGUAUUUAAGCAACACAGGCUGCUUCUUUUAGUGAGUGUGAUACUUCAUUGAUUCCUCGCAUUAUAAUGAGUCCAUUUUUACAGGUCCCAAGUUUUGCCUUCAUUUUAGCCUCUUUUUCCCUUUUCCAAUGGUUUGUAAGCUGUUGUGCUUCCACAUAAACAUCGGCCUCUUUCCUUUGUGUAUGCCUUUCUAGUUGGGGGAUUGUGAACUAAUAUGUGGAUUCCCUGUGAUAUAUUUGGAUUUAAUGUUUUUAGAUAAUCUUUUAA